GGUUCCUCGGGCUCGCUGGUAUUUAUACCAAAGGCGCGUCGGGACUGGGUCCCAGAGGAAAGCUUUCGCGUCCGCGCUUUUUCCCCCAGGUCCCCCUGAACGCCAACCGCUCCCGGCCCCACCAUGUGCGAGGAGGAGACCACCGCCCUGGUCUGCGACAACGGCUCCGGCCUCUGCAAAGCCGGUUUCGCCGGCGACGAUGCCCCCCGCGCCGUCUUCCCCUCCAUCGUGGGGCGGCCCCGGCACCAGGGUGUCAUGGUAGGCAUGGGGCAGAAAGACAGCUACGUGGGCGACGAGGCGCAGAGCAAGAGGGGUAUCCUCACGCUCAAGUACCCCAUCGAGCACGGCAUCAUCACCAACUGGGAUGACAUGGAGAAGAUCUGGCACCACUCCUUCUACAACGAGCUGCGCGUGGCCCCCGAGGAGCACCCCACCCUGCUCACCGAGGCACCCCUCAACCCCAAAGCCAACCGGGAGAAGAUGACCCAGAUCAUGUUUGAAACCUUUAACGUCCCCGCCAUGUACGUCGCCAUCCAAGCCGUCCUCUCCCUCUACGCUUCUGGCCGCACAACUGGCAUCGUCCUCGACUCCGGGGACGGCGUCACCCACAACGUGCCCAUCUACGAGGGCUACGCUCUGCCCCACGCCAUCAUGCGUCUCGACUUGGCCGGCCGCGACCUCACCGACUACCUCAUGAAGAUCCUCACCGAGAGGGGCUACUCCUUCGUCACCACCGCCGAGCGGGAAAUUGUGCGCGACAUCAAGGAGAAGCUCUGCUACGUGGCCCUGGACUUCGAGAACGAGAUGGCCACCGCCGCCUCCUCCUCCUCGCUGGAGAAGAGCUACGAGCUCCCUGACGGGCAGGUCAUCACCAUCGGGAACGAGCGUUUCCGCUGCCCUGAGACCCUCUUCCAACCUUCCUUCAUCGGCAUGGAGUCCGCCGGGAUCCAUGAGACGACCUACAACUCCAUCAUGAAGUGCGACAUCGACAUCCGCAAGGACCUCUACGCCAACAACGUGUUGUCCGGGGGCACCACCAUGUACCCCGGCAUCGCCGACCGCAUGCAGAAGGAAAUCACGGCGCUGGCUCCCAGCACCAUGAAGAUCAAAAUCAUCGCCCCGCCAGAGCGGAAGUACUCGGUGUGGAUCGGUGGCUCCAUCCUGGCGUCCCUCUCCACCUUCCAGCAGAUGUGGAUCAGCAAACCCGAGUACGACGAGGCCGGACCUUCCAUCGUCCACCGAAAAUGCUUCUAAGCCCCCCUCCCCACCCCGUGGUGGCCCCCCAUGCCUGGCCUGGGGUGUCACGCUCCUCCUCGGUCCCUGCUGCUCCUCCCCGCCACCCACUGCGCAUUAAAGCCUUUUCUCCAG